GGGGGCCGAGGGGGGAGGGGGGGCCAGCGUUUCAAAUGUAGACCAUCCAAUUCCAGACUCUAUAAGUCCAAAGGGACUACUACUGAACUGGGAUAUGGCCAUUGACGCAGCUGAUAAAUACCUUCAACGUCUGACCUAUCUCCUCUUCAACCCCCCGUCCAUCUCUUCUGCAGUCUUGACGACUUGAACGACCCUUCCCCUCGCCCCCCCAACUCACCACCCAUCUCACAGCCCCUACGGCAAUAUCACGAUCCUUACGAAAAAGACAACGAAUAGUUCACGAAAGGCGUCUCGGACUGACCUCAACAGACAAUUCACACGAGAGUACUAGACCCGUCUGCUGGCUCCAGUCUCCCCCCAUAAGGAUGGUCCGAUCAUCAUGCUCAACCUUCCUCAUCCCUCUUCUCGGGACUCUCCUCAUCUCCCCUUGGACGACAAUGGCCGCACCUGAUCACUUUAUCCUCACUCAAGUGGCUUCCCUCGCUUGGGCAAGGAUCGAUCCCAUCAUCAACCCCGGAUCGUUCAGUGGGCAUGUGCACAACAUCAUGGGUGGAAGCUGCUUCGGAGCGACGCUCAACACGCCAGAACAGCAACAAGCGUGCGAUUGUACGACUGCGAUCGUAGGUGCGGAUAAGUCAAACUAUUGGUCACCGUCCGUCUUCUAUCACGCUCAAAACGGAUCGUUUUGGCCGAUACUCAACCAGAAUCGGAUCUACUACUAUACCAAGACUGACAAGGUCCAACCUUUCCCACCUGGUCUGCGAAUGAUAUCUGGACUUGCUACGAGCAGAGACCAGAACAGUACCAAGUCACUUGGUGUACGCAUUUCCUGCGAUCACCAGGCACAGACGAAAUUCUUGCCGAAUGGCACGAGCCACCCUGGAGGAUGCAGUGUCAUUUCGAUGGGAGUCUUCUUCCCAAGCUGUGGUCUUGCAGAUGGGACUCUAGAUUCGGAAGAUCACUUCUCUCACAUGGCGUGGCCGCAAAGCUACGACGGACCCACUCUCAUCGAUGACCCGAAUGGCAAGUACUGUCCAGACUCUCAUCCCAUCAAAUAUCCCGCCAUUUUCAUGGACGCGAGCUACUAUCUCGACUCGACCACUCCAUGGUACGACGGGAACCCGUUGAUCCUCUCGUCUGGAGAUGAAUCGGGACUGGCUUACCAUGCCGAUUUCAACGAUGGCUGGGAUCAACAAGUGCUCAAAGAUACCAUCACGCAGUGUGGAGAUGGACACGGUGUGGGCGAUCAGCUCAGCAAGUGUGCUGCUCUAGCAAAGUCGGUGGAUCAAGAUGCAAUUUGGAAGUGCCGAUUCCAGGGCAAGAUUCCCGACGAAGAGAUCGGUCUUCCUCGACCGCUCGACAAGCUACCCGGGUGCAAUAAAGUUUGGAAGACCUCGGAUCCAGAUACGAAGCCGACUUGUGUCGAAGAGACAAAACCCGCUUUCGUCUACCCCAACUCGAUGUUUGAGAAUCUCAAGUUCCGUAUCCACGUCCCUCUAGCCCUUCAUACCGUCAUCGAUGUGGGCAUCCAGACUCUGCAGAAUAUCGUACCCGUUCUGGGACAGACCGGCGCUUCGCAUAUCCGACAAUGGGGAAAUGCCUCAGUCGAUGAUGCUGUCAAUGUCAAAAAUCUCCAAGUGUCGACGAUGGAAGAGGUGCAGGCCGGUCUGGCAGGGAACAACAAGUCAGAAGCCAGUGUGUCUUCUUCUUCAUCAGCCUCGGCCGCUACGUCUUCCUUUGCUGCUGCGUCCGCCUCUGCGUCGAUCCUAAGCGGAGUGGCGGAACACUUUGUGGAGCCAAGCUCGAGCGCCAUCCCUUCCUCGGCAGCUUCAACCUCGAUCUCGGCACAGAAGUGCAAAGCGAAGAAGAGGACCGUCUUGAGCAGAGAGAUGCAAGGCAAAGGGAGACAUGAGGCCAGACGUCGAUCGUCCAAUCGCCAUUAAUAGUUUGUUGUUGUACAUAGCUUGAAGCUCAGCGAGACUUGGACUCUGGUAGUCCCUUGUCACUUUUCACUACAGAGUACAUUUCGAGUAUGAACAUGUACAGGGAA